AUGGGCAAGCUACGCGCACGGCUCGAGAGGAUGGCUCCCCGGAGAAGAGCCCCGGGACACCCACCGAUACCGGGACUGACGCCGCAGGCCCCCCGAUACGUGCCGCCCGCCGAAGCAAGACCACGGACGGCCCGCGCCUCGGUAAGCGUCGAACAGCGAGGACGGACACCCGCGGUCGUACGAGCGAGAACAACCGUCUCGAGGCAGGAGCAGCUGUACCGAACGGCCACUCAAGCAAGCGCCGCCCUCGCCUCAGAGCUCGAGAACCUCUUCGGCUCACUAUCGGACCUGGAGGACGAGCCGGUAACCACCGCCGAGCCAGCCGCCACAACGGUCGUAGCGACACCACCGGAGCUGCCAACGCCGCCGCCAACACCGGCAGCGACACCGGAUCCAGCGUCCGUAGCGGACCAACCACCAGGACCGCCGCCGGGGUACGGAUAUUUUACCGGCGACAACGGAGACGGGUUCAACGGCCUCCUGCGAGACGUACCCUGGCAUCGCAUCCGUCCAGGGCAGCGCUACCGCCACCACACCGCCGGCCGCACCAUCAUCGUCAAGCGGCUACGAAACGGCGAGAUCCAACUCCGCGAGCGAACCUAA